AUGAAGAAGGAAGGUAAUGAUUUCAUUAUUGUAUGCAUUUAUGUUGAUGAUAUCAUUUACACUGGUUCUUCGAGUUCUCUUCUGGAAGAGUUUAAGUCUCAAAUGAUGAAUGAGUUUGAGACGUCAAAUAUGGGUUUAUUACAUUACUUUCUUGGCCUUCAAUUCCAUCAAACUGAAGAGGGAAUAUUUCUUUCACAAAGGAAAUAUGCUAGAGACCUACUUAAUAAAUUUGGCAUGCUUAAUUGCAAGCCUGUGGCUACUCCAAUGAAUAUCAGUGAGAAAUUGCAACAGGUAAAUGAAGAAGAAUUGACAGAUGCAAAGAGGUUCAGAAGCUUGGUUGGAGGUCUGAUAUAUUUGACGCAUACUAGACCCGAUAUUGAAUAUCAUGUUGGUGUUAUUUCUAGGUUUAUGCAACAACCUUUAAAGGUAUACUAUGGGGCAGCAAAAAAAGUCUUGCGGUACAUUGCUGGAACUUUGGACUUUGGUAUUUGGUACUCCAAAACUGAUAACUUCAUAUUGUGCGGGUACACAAAUAGUGAUUGGGCAAGUUCAUUGGACGAUAGACGGAGUGUUUCGGCGAAUGUUUUCACUCUAGGUUCAGGUGUGGUGACUUGGAGUUCAAAGAAGCAAGAUACAACAUCAUUGUCAACUUCAGAAGCUGAGUACAUUGCAGCAACUUCAGCAGCUUGUCAAGCUAUCUGGCUAAGGAGAGUGUUAGCAGAUCUUUAA